AUGUUUUGCCUAUGCGCCAAGAAUACUAGACGAUCUUUUGAAGAAGUUGCUACAAGACAAAUUAGUCAAGUCAAAACAAUAGUUAACGAUCGUUGGGCGGCAAUAAAAAUCGGUGCUUAUUCAAAACACCUUCUGCGUUGGCUUCGAUAUUUUUCAAAGCAACAAUUGCAUUUGGUAAGCGGAGAUGAGUUGAUUAAAUCUCCUUACGAAGAAAUCCAAGCCCUUGAGAGUUUUUUGAACCUUACUCCAUUCAUCAAACGGGAACAUUUUAUUUUUAACAAAACGAAAGGAUUUUAUUGUUUUGACAAACAAAUUAGCGAGCCAGUGCAAAUGAGCAAAACUGACAAGAUUAAUCUACAUUGUUUGGGUAGUGAGAAAGGAAGAUCACACGUAGUUGUUUCAGAAAAAAUCCUAGCUAUGCUUCGCGAUUAUUAUCGGCCUUUUAACAAGGAAUUGUACACUUUAGUGGGAAGAGAUUUCGGUUGGCCUUGAAGACAUUUAACAGAAACAUGAAACAUGUAUUAUAUUCGCCAUCAAAAGAUGUUUUAUUUAACAGGAAGUUGAGCAAUUAAUAUUUAAUAUUUUUUACACAAAAAAUA